AUGGCUAUACAAGACAACUCUGCUGAGCGUGGCUCCAACUAUGCGUCCGGCGAAGCUUCGAAUUCAGCAAAAGUCGUGAAAGCAAAGCCGAGCACUUCUGGAUACCCUACAAAAGCACUCUCCAAGGACGCAGUAUCGUCUUCAAAUGCACAACUUCGCGGACAGCCUCAUGCCUUACGCGCGGUCACAAGUUCUGAAUCAAAAGACACACUUCCCCUCCGCAGCGGCAGCGGCAGCGUCAGCCGCGUCCAAACCACAUCAGCUACGUCCAGAGCCCCAUCUGCCCACAAUGCCAAUCUGGCCAACAAGGACACCUGUACCAAUGGCGGAAAGUUGAAAAGCAUCAAGAAAUCAAGUGGUGCUACUGAUGCGGUCGUCGAAGCACCACCAUCAUCAUCGUUGCACCACACGGACGCAAGUACGAGUACAGAUGGCCUCGCAGCUCUCGCCAGCCGCAUAGGUUUCGAGCCACGCGCCAUCUCUGGCUUGCCAGAUGCGUCCCUUCGCACCAAUGAGGCCAUAGUUUGGCUCGACAUCGAUAACACCCUCUACAAACGAAGCACAAGGAUCGCCGAUCUCAUGGCAGAACGCAUUCGCGCCUAUUUCCACGGAAUGGGGCUCAGCGAAGAGGAGGCAAAGGCGCUUCACACUUCCUACUACAAAACCUACGGUCUCGCCAUUCGUGGUCUUGUGAAACAUCAUCAGAUCGACCCUCUCGACUAUGACCGUAAAUGUGACGCCAGCUUGCCCCUCGAAGACAUCUUACGACCGGAUCAUCAGAUCAAGCGCUUACUCACGGAUCUUGAUCGCACCCGUGUACGCGUGUUUGCUCUUACAAAUGCAUACAUAUAUCACGCUGACAGGGUCCUUCGUUUGCUCGAUCUCGCCGAUCAGGUCGAAGGUAUCGUCUACUGUGACUACGCCGUCCCUGACUUUGCUUGCAAACCCGAGCUGGACUAUUAUCGCGCAGCUCUUCUGGCUGUCCAAGCUAGUCCCACCACACGCAAUUAUUUCGUGGACGAUAGCUCACUCAAUAUUGUAGCUGCCAAAGAGCUAGGCUGGCACUCAUGCAUCUACUUUCGAGAGAAGGAUGAGCCGCUGCCACCGCUACCACCAAAUGACGCCGACCAACAGAGAGCUGCUUCUUUCGAUAUCGCCACCUGGAAGCCAACGGUAGCUGCACACCAGUCUAGUCUCGUUGCAAGCAGCGGCUUUGAUGAAGAGGCAAUUCGUCGCGAGUUUGAAAAGCUGCCAUCGCACCUGCGCAUCCAAUUGCUGGGGAUCAUUUUGAACGCAUGCCUUCCAGGCGAUAUUGCUGCCAUGUCAAGAACGCUUGAGAAGCAUCUACGAUCGACGCGCGACAUCGUCAGUGGUCUCCCGGACUCAGUAGCGCUCAAGAUCUUUGAAAAGCUCCCUAUACAAGACCUCCUCCGUUGUCGCCAUGUCUCGAAGAAAUGGCACUCGCUCGCAGCAACGCCUGAUCUAUGGCGAUCGCAUGCAUUGGCCCUGACCGAGGCGGAUCCCGUCAAGUUGGAGGCUCCUUCCGACCCACAAGGCUGGGAACCGCUGGUCAAAGGCCUCUUCUUCCGCGAACGCAAUUGGGCCAAAGGUCUGGCGCAGACUAUCCAGAGACUCGAGGGGCACACGGGCUUCGUGACAGCGAUGAAGCUCAAAGGGCGCAAGACACUCGUAUCGGGAAGCUACGAUGAAACUAUUCGGGUCUGGGACAUUUCUACCGGACACUGCUGCAAGGUGCUACGUGCUAAAGCUAUCUCCUGUCUCGAUUUUCUCUUGGACGAGGGCGUUCUGUGUGCCGGACUGUACGACACGGGUCGCGUGCUGGUAUGGGACAUGAGGAGCUGGGAUCUUAUCCAGACGCUUUCCGGUCACAACCGUGGCAUCCGGAACGUGGCUAUCAACCAACACUAUCUUGUCAGUGUAGGUCAGGACAAGGCGAUUGUUGUGUGGGAUUGGAGGACAGGCACAAAAAUCGUCCGAUUCGGUCAGCAAAGCAAUGUUUCGUUGGGCGUUUCGCUCGUCGAUAAGAACAAGCUGGUCGCCGUCACGGUGGACGGCAUGAUCCGGUGCUUCGACAUACCACGCAGAGAGAUGAUUGGUCAAUUCCAGCUGACCAAACUCGGAGGCCCGGAGCUUGGGCUAGGCGCACGGCUGGGUGAUCUUGCCAGCGGAUCUUCGAUGCUAGAGUGGUUCGCUGCUCAUGGAAACACGAUGACGGUCGCGUCCAAGAAUGUGGUGGUACAUCUCGAGUGGCACGAGCACGUGGUCCGAGUUCAGGAGACGCAGGCUGCCCUCACAGCUGAUGGGCUUCGUCGGAGUGCCUCUUCGCGCCUCAGCAACGCAGGUGGCAUGACAACAUCGACACUGAGCCCGCUUCGCGCGCGUCGCGAUUCGACCAUGAGCAACGCUAGCAGUACAGCGAUGUCUCCUUCUGCCAGCUUGGCGGUGCGAUCUCGACGCGACUCGAACACUAGCACCACAUCAUCAACUAGCGGUAUUGGGCAGACGAGGUCGCCGCGUCGUACGAUUGCGACUGGAUCGUCCCGGUCAAAUACAACCCCUGCACGGGCUGGCCGAGCGUCGCUGGGCGCUACACCGAACUUUGAGACUAGCACGGUGUCUCCACUUUCCACGCCCUCGCGACCUAGCCCACGUGCCAUUACAAAACGCGUUGGCGGUCCUGCACCAUGGCCUCUGGCGACUGCAGAAGUUGGAGCCAGUGGACAGACCUCGGACACAUCGACCCCAAGACGGAUCAGCACAUCAAUGUCGGUUACCUCUCUGAACUUUCCAUCCACUCCCGAUACUGAGCUUGACGCCGAGGCCGAGGCCGACACUGUCACACCUGAAGAGUUUGUCGCUGGUGCAAAUGACAAAACUGACCCGGACGCUGCCACAUCGAACGCUACUCGCAUCGCUCCGGACCUGUCUACGGCUCCAAAGGUUGUCUCGAUCCUGGACACGCCAGAUGUUGCUGUUGGCUGCGUAGACCCAACUAAGCGUCGCAUCGUUGCCUCCACACGCUUCAGCAGUCGUACAGGAGCCGAGCGAAAGUUGUACGCCAGCAGUCUACCCUUUGAUCACGGUAAGACUUCGACACAGCUUUCUAGAAGCGCUGCUGUCGGCGAUACGGUUUCAGCUGCGAAUGGUGAUUCAGCCGAAAUUACGGCCGACCAGCACAAACGCGGUACCAGCCCUGAUGCUGCGGCCGCUCUUGAAGCGUCUCCUGGAGUUGCGCCAUGCAUCACCGUUCCGAUCCGAGGAGCAUGGGAGACGCAGUCCGCCGACCUAGCUACACCAGCACGAAACCCUAUGGCGAUGGAGCUGGACCACGAGAGUGUCGUUAUAGGCUCUGCAGACGGACUGAUCUACCGCAUCCAUUUUGUCGGCUCAGAAUACGGACCCGAAACGCUGGCCGACGGCAGUAGCAAGGCUGAUGAAAGUGGAGACAGAGUCAGCGUGACGCCGGGUGUGGGAGACGCCACGAUUACCGAUCUGCUACAGUUGCGACAAGUGUGGGGAGAGAUCAUGGUGCCUGAGAAUCAGCCGAAUCACCCAGGUAGACUGAAGAGGAAUUUCUUGAAGGACUUGGGCCUCAAGUAA